AUGCCCCGUGUCGCCAAUAAAGUCCACCGCCGUUCCGGUGGUAGGGAGGACGCCCAUCGCAACACGCCCGUCAUGAUCCCGCUCAACGAUGAUAUGGGAGAGAAAGCUGCUCGCAAGGAGGCCCGACAGGCACUCCACGACCGUCAAAUGAACCAGAUCAAAGCCGCAGUCAAGACGCCCAUGCCUGCCCGUCGAUACACAUCUUACAACCGCGAUGGAAGCGAGAGCCCCUCCACCACCCCGCGAGGCUCUGGCCACCGAAAACGCGAUAGCGAUGCGGGCGGUCGGGCCACGACGCCGGCGAAGCGCGUGCCUAUCCUGGCCAAUUUCGAGGAGUGGAUGAAGAUGGCAACCGACAACAAGAUCAACGCGAAUAACUCUUGGAACUUCGCCCUCAUCGAUUACUUUCACGACAUGUCGCUGCUCAAGGAGGGCGACGGUGUGAACUUCCAAAAAGCCAGUUGCACGCUUGAUGGAUGUGUCAAGAUCUACACCAGCCGAGUCGACAGUGUGGCAACCGAGACCGGAAAGCUUCUCAGUGGUUUGGCUGACAGUCGCGAUAAGAGGGGGCGCGAAGCCGAUGGAGAGGGAGAAGAUGGCGAAGAAGAUGAAGAAGGCGAGGAUGGAGCGCCUCGCAAGUCGCGCAAGAAGACACGCUCACAUGAGGCCACACUUGCCCCAUCAUUUGCAGCAUUGCAACUCAAGAAGUUUGAGCUGGAGUUCGCGGUGGAUCCGCUCUUCAAGAAGGCGUCUGCGGAUUUUGAUGAAGGGGGUGCCAAGGGUUUGCUUCUGAAUCACUUGGCGAUCGAUGGGCAAGGAAAGAUCGUAUUUGACAGCAGCGAUGAUGCCGUGGAUGACAGCGCUAAGACGGCCGACGGUGAACAACAGGACUCUACCGAGUCCGAUACACCAGCUCCUCAGCCCACAAGCGAUACCUUUGAAGAUGAUACCGAAAUCGAUCUUGGCUCCUUGGCGAGCCAGUUCUUCCCAGACUUGGAUCGGCUGGGGGAACAAGAUAUCUGCCCGUCGCUUAAGAACUUCGACCUUGGUGAUCCCAGUGGAUCGUUGGAUAUUGCUCUCCUCAAGGCACCUGAGGAGUGGAGGCAGGAUAAGAACGGCGAAGAUGAGCAUGGCAGCGAGGACCCGUCCGGUAUCAUGCUUGAUGAUGACAACGCUGUCGGUUUUGACGAUGACGAUGCCACUUUGGGUGGCUUCGACCUCAGUGGUGACACCGGUUUCGGUGAUGGCGGUGAGGCCUGGGCUCGUGAGGCCGCUUUGGAACCAAUGCUCAAAGUUCACCGACUUGAUCAUGAUGGCGAAAACGAUGACGAGGACGGCGAAUUUGACAACGAAGAUGCAUACGCCAUCUCGCUAUCUCACCAACCGGAUAGCCGGGAGCACGAGAACAUCCUGAGUUAUUUCGAUAAUGCGCUCCAAAAGAACUGGGCCGGCCCAGAGCACUGGAAGAUUCGACGAAUCAAGGAACACGCAGCGGCAACAGACAAGAGUGCGGCACCCAAGCCAAAGAAGGAGAAGGAGCCUUUCGAGAUCAACUUCGAGGCGCCUCUGGAUCCCGCUCUGGCCGAGUUGAUCUAUACCCCCGCCAGCUCCAACUCCGCCGUCUCAUUACCGAAGACCCAAUGGAAGACCAAAGGCCGUAAUCUCCUUCCCGAUGACAAACAUUUCAACUCCCGCCAGCUUCUCCGCCUCUUCCUGAAGCCCAAAGCGCGGAUGGGCUCGAGGAAACUCAUCGACAAGCGGAUGGUCAACCGGCGACCAGACCAGACAUCUGGCAACGGCGAGAUGGACGAGGCAUUCUGGGCAAACCACAAACAGGAAAACGACGCCGCUGGCGAAGAUGGCGCCCCGGGUGCCUACGAUGCCAAUUUCUUUGCUGACGAUGACGGCCUCGCGUUCCCUAAUGGCAUGGAUCUUGACGAUGACGAUGAUAAUAUGCCGUUUGCAGAUGCCCGUGAGAUGCUUUCUCCGCCGACUGAUGGACGUCCAACAACCUCAGCUGGCGAAAGCAGCAACACUUCUGGACUUACCGCGCUGCUGAACAUGGUGGGUGCCACACCCGGCCGACCUGGAGCUGGUGUGGGUGGAUACGGCUCCCAACUCGUGACCCAGGGCGGUCGACGCGCACGACCAGACUACGUGAACUACGCGCGUGUGGCCAAGAAGGUAGAUGUGCGACGACUAAAGACCGAGAUGUGGAGGGGUAUGGGCGAGCGGUUGAUCGCAGCAACAGACUUCAGUUCUGCUUCACAACCGGGAUCCGUGUCCAACGAAGUGCGCCCUGAAGCUGAAAGCAGCGAGGCAGAAAUUCCGCCCACUCCUCAAUCCGAGUUCCCAGAAAAGUCCGUCGAUGGCAAGGACGACAGCCGGUUACGCUUCACCCAUAUCAUGAACUCGCUCAAGAAGGUCUAUCCCGCCGAGACCUUGCGGGACAUCAGUACCUCAUUCGGGUUCAUCUGUCUUCUCCACCUCGCCAACGAACAGGGACUGGUGUUGCAAAAUGAACUCUCCAAGGUCGGCAUGGAUGCUGGCAGCCUUGAGGAAAUCUUUGUUUCGAAGGACAUUCACGCUGUCUUGGAAGAGGGUGGAAUGUAA